AUAGCGUGGCGCACGUGGGGCUGGAAGAAACGAGUGAGAUAAACAUCUGUCGGAAACAAAUCACCACAAAACCAGUGGAUGAACCAUAAAACCAUGCAAUGACCUCAAACGGGCAGUAAUCAACUUGCAAGAAACGGAAGUUAAGAGUGAUUUAACCCAAAAAUAAAAUGUAAAAAUAGUUUGAUAAACGUGAACUAAGACGAAAAAGAGUGAACUAACCUAGAAAAACGUCAAUCCCACCAGUAAAAAUCUACUAUUCACUCCAAAUAAUUUAAAAUAUCCCUCAAAAACGUGAAUCCCCAUCACAAAAGUGAAAACUCGUCUUGUCCUUAAAAAAUCAUAAAAAUGAAAGAAACAAGAGAAGUUUUACUGACCUCAGACACCUCCGGGGAGUCCUGGAGUGCUGCCAUGUGGGAUCCUUUGACAGGAUCCAUGCUAUCUCAGUUCAGAAACGCCUCGCCCCUGGCCUCAAACAGCCUGCAGCUCCUGAAAGACAGUUACCUCCUCGCAGCAGAUGCCACGAAGCCUCGAAUCCACAUCUGGCCAGUGAACUCUCAAGUUCCCCUCCCCAAUCUUCGGUUGACAACUCCGGGUAAGGUGUCCGCAAUGUCCUGCACGUCCUGUGGGACGUACAUAGCAGCUUCAGUCGAUGAGAAGGUCUUCAUCUGGCAGACGUCAACGGGAAGGCUUCUGAGGACACUUGCACGUCAUUACCAGACAGUGACGUGUCUCAAAUUCUCAGUGGAUGGCUCACACCUGGCCACUGGGGGACAGGACGGCCUCGUCUUCGUUUAUUCAGUGGCAGGGGUCAUCAAUAAUUAUAAGGAGGCUCAUCCUCUUCAUGGAUUCUCUGAUCACACUCUCGCUGUUAAGGGAAUUUAUUUUGGGGCCUUUGGAGCUAGGUGCAGAGUUGUCAGCGUGUCUUUGGAUCGAACUGCGAGGAUUUAUGACGCCAAUUCUGGGGUGCAACUGCUAACUCUGGUCCUCGAUGUCCCCCUGACGUCAGUCUGUCUAGACAAAAGGGAAUGCAACAUGUUCGUGGGCUGCACCAAUGGACACAUCAGACAAUUCGAUUUGAGGAGCCCCCCAAGAGGACGAGAACAUCAUGUGCCGGGGGAUAAAGAGGGAAAAGGAAUCUUCUUCAAGGGGCACACGAGUGGAGUCAACAAUCUGUCAGUCUCCAUCGAUUGUGUCACACUUGUGUCCGGUGCUGCUGAUGGAAACGUCAACAUCUGGAACAUUCCCAGUCGUCAGAUCAUCAGGAGCAUUCAGCAUAAAGGGGGGAUCACCAAUGUCCUACUGGUUCCUCAUUAUGCCAAUUUUGAUGUCAACAUUCUCAAGCCAAAACUGUUCGUCAAACCUCUGCAGAGGAUUGGAAAUGAGGGGGUUAAUGAUGUUCUUGAGAUUGUAAAAUGUGGGGAUGAUGAUUUACUCAAUCCUGAGGAGUUCUUCGAGGAGAGUGGAGAGGGCGAUGGGAAUGGCGAAUUGGAGAGGAAACUCAGUGAGAGUAGAGCGGAAGUUGAGAGAUUGAGAAAGAUUAAUUCGGAGAUGUAUAAGUAUGGAGUCAGGUGCCUUAUGCAUAAGAAGUAGGAGAAAAUUGUUGAAUUGGAGAGGUGGAAAUAAAGGUGGGAUGAAGGAUGUUUGGAAAUUGGAGUAGCGUGAUUUUAUUUCUGGAACCUGGAGAGUUUAGUUGUUGUUAUGUCGAAGUAUGGAGUGAUUUAUUUUGUAUUCGGGAAAUUGUGUGGGAAUGAGGGAAAAUUAUUGUGGAAUUUCAUGUUCUAGUUGGAAUUCAAGAGAAAUAAUCAUUCUAAUAAUUAUUUUAAUUAAUCCACGAAUUUUAAUUACUCCAUGAAUUUUUUUUAGACAAUUUUGUGCUUAUACUCCGGGUAGAAUUCGAUAUUGAGAAACUUUACAUAAUAGUAUAUGAAUUUCCCCAACGCUCCAAUAGAAAAAUACUCUAAAUUCAUUCACAUCCAGUGGGGCCAGAAAAUCGAUGGAGUUGAAAGCCUCAUCCCGGGGAAUAAGUAAUUUAUAUGUAAUCCAAUGUCCAUUCCGUUCAUGUAUGUCCCUCGUAAUUCCAAUUCAUUAGAAUGUAAAAGACGUUGGCAGUGAUCUUUAUGCUCGCAUUUAUUCCUCAAACACCCAGCGGGUGCAACCGUCACCCGAUUAAUUGGAUAAUCUUUGUCAAACAAUUCGUUUGAGUUUUGAGCAGUGAAUAAAUUAUUCAACGAAAAUUAUUAUCAA